CACCCAGAAAAUACAUUUGAUUCCGCGAAACCAGUUUCACUUUUCUCCCAGCUUUAUCCACAUGCCGCCGGACACAACGAAAGGCAAGUUAAAGCGCAAGUCCAGUCGCAGGGAGGGAGAAGACUUCCGUUUCGACGGUGGCCACGCGCGCGAGAUCGAGCAGAAAAGGAAUAAUGGGCAGAUCUCUUGCGCCGAGUGUAGGAGGCUCAAGAUAAAGUGUGACAAGCAGAUUCCAUGCCAGUCGUGUCAGAGACGAGGUUGUGCUGCUUUAUGUCCCAAUGGCAGCUUGGCUACUGGUCAGGGAACUCGCUUUGUUCUGGCGGCAACGGAGCAUCUUCACCGCCAAAUAGCCAAUAUGAGUGGUCGUAUUCGGCAAUUAGAAGACGCGCUUGGACUCCUCCAGUCACAGCAUUCAACAGAACCCCACCCCCUCCUUCGCGACGACCUUCGUGGCGCGGAUCAAAAGGAUGAAUAUAACUCCAUUGCUCAGCCUGGAGAUAACGCUGCGGGACCGUCGAAUCCUCCAGAGAUUCUAGAUGCAUUUGGAACACUUUCCAUCACUGAUCACGGCAUAUCGCGCUUUUUCGGCCCCACAGGCGGAUCUGAGUGUUUAUUGAUGUCGGAUAAAAUCGCACAAAAUGAGUAUACGGAUGCCUCUAGUCCUGAUUCUGGAAGGGAUUCAAUGAGCCCCGGGUUGCCACAAGAAUUUCGGAUGUUUUCGCAGGCCUUCCCUUUCACCCCUAUGGGCCCAGUAGCAGCUGUUCAAGAGCUGAUAGAAAGCCAUCUGCCAUCUUGGGAUCGGGCCAAAUACCUCGCUCAGACUUAUCUCGAGCAAGCUGCCUGGCUGUUCCGCAGCGUGUCUCAAGAACAAGUUAUGGAUGAGUUACUUCCGAUAUAUUACUCAAAUAACGCUGCGACCCCGCCGGAAGAACCCAAAGGAGCUCACGAUCUUGGUCUUCUUUUGCUUGUUUUUGCUGUCGGAGCUCUCGUGGAUCUUGCACAGGAAGCGUCCAACCCGGAGGCUGAGCACUACCAUCAACUUGCCCGUGCUGCCAUCUGUUUGCAGCCAGUCUUGGAAAAGCCCUCCUUGAUUACUAUUCAGGCACUUCAUUUGUUGAGUAUCUACAACGCUAUGAGCGGCAAUGAACUCGCCGCCAAAGAGACCAGCAUGGAGACGACAUGGUCAUUGCUUAUCCUGGCCGCGCAUCUUUCCCAAACUAUUGGUCUUCAUCGGGAUAGUGCAAAGUGGGGUCUUCCUGCCAAAGUCGUACAAAGGCGGCGCAUUCUCUUUUGGGAUCUCUUUGUUGCUGAUGCAUGGAAUAGCUUAAACACCGGACGCCCGCCGAGUUUCUCCUUGCCUUACGUGGACUGCCGUUUCCCUGAGGCAGCUUCGGCCGGAAACGAUGGAGAUUCUGACCAUCACGCAGAAUUUGCGUUAUGGGGUAUCAAGUAUGCGGCUGAGUGUGUCGCUGAAGUUGCUACGCGCACAUUGACGGCUGAAGCGCCGAGUUAUGCGGUUAUCAUGGAAAUCGAUCGCAAAGUUCGCGAGUUUCCGAUCCCUGAUCCUGCCGCUCUAAUUGCCUCUUCGGCGUCCGGUACCUCGCCACCUCCAAUUACUGAGGAACCAUUGAGCCAUUCGGAGUCAAUGGGCCGUCUUUUGAUGUCUCACUCUCGGGAAACCCUACUACUUUACAUUCACCGCAGUUUCUUUGCGCAGGCUAUCAUCGAGAACUCUGUGAAUCCGUUAAAGAGUGCUUAUGCACCAUCAUUCCUGGCUGCUUACCGGGCGUCUCAGACGAUACUGAGAACCAUCCAGCAAGCGUUUCAGGAAUAUCCUAGUCUAUGUUCUCGCUUUUGGACUGUAUGGACUUUCGCAUUUUCUGCUGCUAUCGUCUUUGGGACAAUUGUCACCCGAGGUCCACAAUCUCCACUGGCGUCUAAUGCUAUGAAGGAACUGGAUGACGCCUGCCGUCUUUUCUCAAAAGCAGCUGCACAUAGCAGACGUGCUGCUCAAGCUCUGCCAAUCCUUACGAAACUGAGCGAAAAGGCCCACGCAGCCCUUGCUGCUGCUCUGAACGAACGGCCAUCACAACAGCUUGGGCAGCAAUGGAGCGUAAAAGUGGAGCAAGACGACGAUGAACUCGAAAUCUUUGCUGGAAGAACUAGAUUCGUUUCAACGAAGCGAGCUUCAGGACUGCCUGUAGACUAUCCGGAGGCAUCUGCAUCUGCGUCGUCUUCUUCUAAUAGCAACACAUAUCUAGUAGCAGGUUCCACCGAGCAACAAACCGCGCAAUUAUAUCACCCGGAGCCUACGGCUGACUGGGUUCAUUCGGCUUCGAACCGUGGUAGUCGUUAUGAUAUGCAUCAUUCGGACAAUUCCGGUACACCUAGUGCAAGCACUAGCGUUCCGACCCAGCUAUGGCGACAGCCCCAGAGUUCUGAUUAUGCAUAUGCUCCCCAGCAUCAUGUAUCUCAUUCAGCUGCACCACAUGCGCACCCUGCGCACCAUGCCUCCACGCCUGUUGCAGGUUCAUCUACCUAUCACUGGAACCCACCGAGUGAAACCUCUCAGCAAUAUGGUCAGCCUCCGCUUGCAGCUCCUCACCCCCAGUCGCACGCUUUCCAGUACAACUCGCCUUCUACGGCCCCAUACCAUGGUCAACAAUCUCGGCCGAUACCUUCGGAGCUCGCUGGACUCGGCCUGGUAUCACAAGAUUCAAGACUUGAUGAGCGGUGGACGUCCUUUAUGCGGGAUUCUGGUUAUUUCGAUGGUGUUGGGUACAGAACGCAGUGAAACGAAGCGCGGAUGACUUUCGUUUUUCGUUUUUCUAUUCCUAUGUUGUUAUACAUAAAGCCUUUUGUAACGAGACGAUCUCAGAGGCGCUGCUAAUGCAACUGC